AUGGAUAGCCUCACGGGCCUUUUUAGCAAGAUUGUCUAUGAUGCUAUGAUUAUGGAGUCCCGUGCCACCGUGAUGAAAUCUAAAGGGGUGCAAGUGCUCGUGAUUCUUGUAGUUCUGUCCUUUGGUCUGGUCCACUUCCGCUUCCUACCCUGCAGCAACAAUGCCCCCAUAGAAGAAAAACAAUCUCCAGUCCACAUCCUCAUUCUCUCCUCCUGGAGGUCAGGAUCUUCCUUCACUGGACAGAUCUUCAGCCAGCACCCCAGCGUCUUCUACCUGAUGGAGCCUGCAUGGCAUGUGUGGGUUACAAUGUACCAGAGCAGUGCCAAAGUCUUGCACAUGGCAGUGCGGGACUUAGUCAGGUCUGUCUUUCUGUGUGACAUGUCUGUGUUUGAUGCCUACAUGUCUAAUCAGAAGAAAAAAUCUGAUUUAUUUCAGUGGGAGACAAGUCGGGCCUUGUGCUCCCCCCCUGCCUGUGACUCAUUCAGCCGCAGUGACAUAAUAACUGCAGGCAAUUGUAGGACAAUCUGUGGCAAGUACCCAUUUAGCAAGGUGGAGGAAGCUUGUAAAACCUACAGCCACAUUGUCAUCAAGGAGGUCCGAUUCUUUGACCUGAAAGUUCUCUACCCGCUUCUCACUGAUCCCUCUCUCAACCUCAAAAUCAUUCACUUAGUGCGUGAUCCUCGUGCUGUGUUCAGGUCCCGGGAGAAUACAAUGGCUGACCUAACACGUGACAGUAACAUUAUUGUGGGGGCCCAGAAGACAAAGGGAGAAAUGGGACCCUACAACACAAUGCAGGAAAUCUGUAAAAGCCAUGUUGAGAUUUACAAAGCAGGCAGCCAGACCAUUCCCAGCUUCCUCAAAGACCGCUACCUGAUGGUUCGCUAUGAAGACAUUGUCAGAGACCCACUAGCAAAGGCUGCUCAGAUGUAUAGGUUUGGAGAACUCCAUUUCACAACCGAACUUCAGAAGUGGGUUCACAACAUCACCCAUGGGAAGGGGCAAGGGGUACAGGCCUUUGAGAUUGGGUCCAGAGAUGCAGCGAGUGUAUCCCAGGCCUGGAGGAAGACCCUUCCGUUUCAGAAAAUAGAAAAAGUGCAAAAUGUGUGCAAGGAUGCGAUGGACUUAUUGGGCUACCGGCUAGUUCAGUCUGAAGAAGAACAGAAAAAUAUGUCACUGGAUCUUUUGUUUGCCCAGAACUCCUCUGAGUGA